AUGAUUCUAUCUCGACUUACUCGACCGAAAUUAAUCAAAUUCUAUGUUUGGGGCUCUAUACAGCUGACACAGAAAUAUUAUAGUUCUUUUGUAGGAAAAAACUUUGCUACGUUGAAAGAUUUUGAUUCAAAUGAAAUACAAAAAUUCUUGUGGACAGCAAAUGACUUGAAAACUCGUUUUAAAAAAGACAAGGAGUGCUUCCAACCUCUCCAUGGAAAGUCUAUAGGUUUGAUCUUUCAGAAGAGAAGUACCAGGACCAGAGUCUCUACAGAAACUGGAAUGGGUCUUUUGGGUGGACAGUCAGUUUUCCUUGGAGCAUCUGAUGUGCACAUUGGGGUAUCUGAAAGUCUUGAGGAUUCUGCCAAGGUUCUGUCUAGCAUGUUUGAUAUACUUCUGGCUCGUGUUUUUGAGCAUGAUAUAAUUGAUACAUUAGCUGCUGCUAGUUCAGUUCCUGUUAUAAAUGGACUCUCGGAUCUCUACCAUCCUCUGCAGAUUCUGGCUGAUUUCCUUACUUUGCAGGAACAUUUUGGUCGUCUGAAGGAUUUGAAGCUGUCAUGGGUUGGUUUUGCUCCAGAUGAAAAUGUUAUAAAGAUAUGUGAUAAAAUUGCCUCGCAGACUGGUUCCUUGCUUCACUAUACACAUGACCCAAAGGAAGCAGUGCACCAAGCAAAUGCCAUCAUCACAGACACUUGGGUAAGCAUGGGCCAAGAAAAAGAGAAGGAAAGAAAAAUUAAAUUGUUUGCUGACUAUAUAGUAAACGAUGAGCUCGUAAAGGGAGCAGCUCCUAACUGGGUCUUCAUGCAUUGUCUCCCCAGAUAUCCACUGGAAGUAACUGACAGCGUUUUCUAUGCUAAAAACUCUGUUGUGUUUCAGGAAGCAGAAAAUCGGAAGUGGACAGUGAUGGCUGUGAUGCUUCACUUGCUCCAGGAUUACAGUCCAGUUUAUCCCAAACCAAAUUUUGGUUUCUAG